AUGGAGCUUGCAGCAGGUGCGGAUGCCGCGAGCGUUCAGAUGUUGCAGUCCCGUGCUCCGAAGGUAUCGAACCGUGACCUGCACUUUCUGGAGAAAAGGAUGAAUGACGGGACUCUCUUCCCAUCUGUUCAAGACGGCACGAAGCGAAAUGCCGUCUGGAACCGAUUGCAAACCAUCGGUGUUCCUAUUCCCACCCUGCAGACUUUCUUUUCCGACUUGCGGUAUUUGGCUGUUGCCCGCAAGGUUAUGCGAACGUUGCUCCAGAUCAAUAAUCCGAAGACCAAGAUGUCCAUCGAUGAGAGGCUGGGUGGCCAGCACCGCAUGAUCGGACGUCUUCCCCUGGGCCAAGGCAUGGGCGUAGUUCGGCAAGGCCUGCGCGAGCUGUGGCGCUUCAGCUUUCAAUAUGGCCUGGAGAUGACGGGAACCGCCCGCUGCCAGCCUCGCGAUCACCGGACACAGGAAGCUGCAGCAGUGAUACCCGACAUGACUGCUUCAGUAGAUCGGUCGAGGCUCUGGCAACACUUCUUCUGGCUGGCCGACCACGAAGGCUUCAGCACCCCGUCCGUUGGUGAUUUCGGGGCCGGUCCAAUGGAACACCCCGUGGUCCCGACACCGGCGAACAACCCCGCAGUCUGGGACGAAGAUGAGCCCGUGUCCAGACGACUCGGCAUUCCCUUUGCCCACACAGUCGACGCGGACCGGACCGCCCUGUCCAAGGAGGCGUUGGAGCAAACUUGGGAACUACGGAGCGUCUCACCGACGCUGAUCCGGCAGGCGCAGUUCCGAGCCUUCUUUCGCCACUUAGGCGGGGAUACCCCCGACAGUGCCACCAUUAACCCCCCUGAGAGCCGGGUAUCGGCGACACCUGUGGACACAUUUGUCUCGGAGCCCGCAGUGCCCCAGAACACCACCGAAGGCACCACUGAACGGCGUGGCACAUCCCCAGUUCUUCCGCCGGAAGUUUCAGAUAUCGUAGACAUAGACAAUGCCGAAAUCUUCUGGAACACGGGGAUGGAUAUGUGGGACACUUUCUUACCCUUGCGGAAGCUUCGCGUGCAGAUCAGGGCGCCUUAUUGCCCGGAGAGGACAAUCAACGUGCCCAGCGACAGGGAUCGUGUUAUCGGGUUUCUGGAUGGGCUCUCCGCCUGCGGUUUUGUUCUUGAUAUUGCCCAUAUUCGUGGUGCCCAGAGUGCGGACAUUUACGAGUGGCACACCGGACACCCGUUCGAUGAGGUACAAGCCACACUAACCCAGGACGUCAUCAGCAAGUACGAUGUACCCUCAGAAAACCGGCUGAAAUGGCGACGGCGAGAUCUGGACCCUAGCACUGUGAAAGAUACUGUGGACGAGGUCAUGGCGUGGAUCAACCGGCAAGUACAGUUAUCGGUUGUUGAAGAGGAGCUGUAA